AUGACCACUAUCGCCACAUUACCUCAGGAUGGGGGCCUCCACGGGGAACAGUCUCACUACGACUCACCCAAGCCAGACGAAGAGAGUGACCACAUUGAAGAUGUAUCACCAUUCGGGAAGACCAGCCGCGAAGAUGUGGAAGGAGGCCUCUCCAACAUACCGUCGACAGUCGACCCCAAUAAUCCACUCAACUCGCCCGAAUGGAAAAAAGACAUCAACCUGAUCCUUAUAUCAUUUCAUGCCAUGAUGACCAAUUUCAUCGGAGCAGGAAUCAUUCCUGUCUACGCAACCUUUGCCGAGAAAUUUGGAGUAUCUAUUCAGGACGUUAGCUACUUCACGUCAAUCCACAUCCUUUGCACUGGUAUUGCACCCUUCGUUCUGCUUCCGCUCUCCAGACGAUUCGGUCGUCGCCCGGUCUGGUUGAUCUCUACUCUCUGCACUGCGGUGUGUAACAUUGGCUGUGCCGAGAGCAACAGCUAUGCAGCAAUGCUGAUCUGUCGUAUCAUCGGGUCAUUGUUCCUUGCCGCCCCUAUUGCACUGGGGCCCCCAGUCGUGGUCGAGAUGUACCGGGAGCAAGAACGGGGAUAUAAGCUAGGAAUUUGGACAGUCCUUGUGACACUUGGGCCACCAGUCGGUCCAUUCAUCAUGGGGUUCGUCGCCCAGAGAGCCGGUUGGGAAUGGAUCUAUUGGACGUUCGCCAUCAUCAGUGGGGUCCAAUUUUUCCUGUACUUCUUUUUCAGCCCUGAGACGCGAUACAUUGCUCCAGGGCCGAUCGAGCACAGCAAAACCGGCAAAACAGGUGUGCGGCAAUACUUGACCUUCCGCCGGAUUGAUCCGACCCCCUUUACGGCGAAAGAGAUGUACCACCCCUUCUUGAGGGCAAAACACAUUCGCAUUGCUCUGCCAAUCUGCUCGCACAGCAUGAUCUUCUGCCUGUCCGCAGCCCUGUUGACCGUGGAGAUUCCACAGCUCUUUGGACCCCGGUUCGGAUUCAAUUCCGAACAGAUAGGGCUGCAGUUUUUGGGCAUCAUCGUCGGCACCGUGACGGGAGAAAUGGCCAAUGCCAUAUUGCACAAACUGCUGAGGGCUCGCGCUGCGAAACCCAAUGACUCGCAUGUCAGGCUUUCAUGGUAUAUUUCUCUCAGCUAUGUGGGGUUUGUGUGCAUGGUGGUCGGCUUGGUGGUGUUUUGCAUCCAACUUGAUCAUACAGCUCCGAUGCAUUAUAAUGUGACCCCGAUUGUGGGUGUUGGAAUUGCGGGGUUCGGCAAUCAGGUGGUGUCCAACUUUUUGAUUAAUUAUAUUAUGGAAUUUGAACCUGAACAUGCUGCUUUGACAUCAGUCCUAUUAGGAUUGAUCCGCCAGACAUGGUGUUUUAUUGGACCUUUCUGGUUCCCGUCCAUGUUCGAGACGCUGGGAUUCUCAGGGUCGGCAGGUUUGCUGGUCGGCUUGGUGGUGGUUAGUUGUGUGUCCCUGAUAUGGAUGCAGUGGAAAUAUAAACAUCUGUAA